AUGGCCGAUAUAAAACAGUCUAGUAUCCAGCAGUUGCUGCAAACACUGCACCAAAGCCGGAGGAUCAGCUUCUCUGACCAAGAAGCGAAAGAGCUAGAAGCAUAUCCUAGCAUUACUAGCCAGCUGCUGCACAUCGUCAAGCUUCUCCAGACCUACAAGCAUUCCCGUGAAGCCAAUGCUUUGUCGGAUGUGCUGGAAAUCUGUCACCGACCGGGGGAGCUUGGGGGACUCGGAGUGACAGAAUCGGUCAAAUGCACCGCCAAACAAGAAUCGGAGCUUAUCUUUCUCGUAUCUUCGUGGCUGGAAUCGCUGAACUCGGCAGAUAGAGCAAAAUCUCCUCCUACACCACUCCUAGCUCGACCGUUAGGUCGGCGAGGAAUGACCCUUAGCGAGAAAAUCUUUGCCCUUCAUGACACCGAGAGGAGAGGCUGGGUGAUUCCAGGUGAACUGAUUCGAGUGGAUGUCGACUGGGUUAUUGCUUCCGAGGCUUCAUGGGCAGGCAUGGAACGAACUUACAAUAUGCUUGGGAAACCGGGGAUCUUCCGAAAUGACCGCUUUUGGCUGGCAGGAGACCAUGUGGUCGACCCUCGUGUCAAUAAUCUGCCCAAGGUGCAGGCAUUGAUUGACGCCAGCGAGAGAGCCAAGCGGGUAUUCAAGAUGACGGAUUAUCAAGGAAUGAAUUAUACUAUUCUGCACACCGAGUUCUAUAGGUCCCGAGUUCAACCUGGAAUGAUAGUGAUUGGAUCUGAUUCGCAUACCUGUUCUUCCGGGGCCCUAGGUGGCCUUGCAAUUGGGUUAGGAGCAGCGGAUGUCACAUUACCCCUGGUGACUGGAGAAACGUGGUUCAAGGUUCCCGAGUCUAUUAACAUUCGUUUGGUUGGGACACCGAAGCCUGGAAUUGGAGGAAAGGAUACCAUUCUAUACAUUCUGCAGCAGCUUAAGCGAAACACCGUCGCUGCAGAUCGAAUUGUUGAGUUUACCGGGCCAGGGACUAAACACCUAUCAUGCGAUGCUCGAUUCGCAAUAUGCAAUAUGACAACGGAGUUUGGCGGCAUCACCGGUGUGUUUGUCCCGGAUCAGAUUACGCAUGACUUCAUCCGGCAACGACACCUGCCUCGACACAAGAAUGCAGGGGUCUACUUCAAGCCCGACGAUGAUGCCCAUUACGCUGAAGUCCAUGAGAUCGAUCUCGGCCGUGUGAGAUCGUUUAUAGCAAAGUACCCCAAUCCGGAUGAUGUUGUCCAGGUUGCAGAUGUGGAGGGAAUGCCCUUAGACGGUUGUUUUAUUGGUGCAUGCACAACCGCUGAAGAAGACCUGAUUUUGGCUGCUCUUGUUCUCGAACAGGGACUGAAACGCGGGCUAAAACCGGGCCCCCAUGGCACACGGAAGGUUGUUCCUGGGUCUAUGCCUAUCCUACACCGUCUUCGAGAACUCGAACUCACCACAAUUUACGAAGACGCUGGGUUUGAGAUUGGUGUUCCAGGAUGCAGCUACUGCGUUGGAAUGUCCGCUGAUCAGGCUGGCCCGGGAGAAGUGUGGUUGUCGUCGCAGAAUCGGAAUUUCGAGAACCGGAUGGGAAAAGGUUCAAUCGGAAACCUCGCUUCGGCUGCUACCGUUGCAGCAUCUUCAUUUGAAAUGAAAGUGCGAGACCCACAGGAAUAUCUCGAUGAUAUUGACCUCGACCGAUGGCACUGUCUUCGUGGCAUCUCACCUGCCCCAGCUGAGUUCCCUGCGGAACAGGGCGUGACUUAUGUCGAGCCAAGCGGCUUGUCUGUAGGAGAAAGUAGAAGCUCGAAAGAGAAGCUGGAAUCAUCGCUACAAGAGGAAGGCGAAAGCACACUAUCCAAUCCCCACGGCGACAUCAUGGCAGGAAAAGUUCAACGUUUAGGCGAUUUUAUUGAUACGGACGCGCUGGCCCCUGCUGAAUUCCUCAUGAAUAUGAAGAGCAAUGAGCUUAGCGGUUUUCACUGCCUACAACACACUCAUCCGGCGUUCCGACAGAGAGUGAAAGACGGGUUUAAUAUUGUGGUUGCUGGAGAGGCAUUCGGAUGUGGAUCAUCGCGUGAACAGGCCGUGAUGGCACUUUUAGGUUGUGGUGUCCAAUGCGUCAUUGCCAAAUCAUUUGCUUUCAUAUUCCAACGUAACAUGCCAAACCUCGGUCUCCUCGGCAUCACUAUACAGGAUAAAGCAUUUUAUGAUGAAGCUAAAGACGGGGCUGAGGUAUCUAUUGACUUGACUUGCAAGACAAUUGACGUGGGUGGUGGAAGGAAAUUCGAAUUCCAACUGAGCCAGAUGGAGAGGGAGCUUUUCCAGUACGGCGGAAUAGCUUCUGCAUUCCAGAAAUUUGGAAACCGACUGUUUGAGAAAAUGACAACACCGAAAAAUCUCGGGAGUGCAAAGGACAUGUUUAUGACAGGUGAUGGGGAAACUGCUCAACCGCAUGCGAAUUUGCAGUGGUAGUAUGUGUCUUCUCAUAAGGGCCUCGUAUUAGCUCUUAUAAUUACACCCUAUGCAUUGGCCUAUGCCUCGAAAAAUC